GUGUUUGCUCGGUGAACCCAGAUAAAACUAAUGCUCAUGUACAUAUAAAUCCAAUUUAAUCGAAAAUUCUGAAGAAGUAAGGGCUCUUUCGAGAUCAGUAAGAUGGGUGACGAAGCAGCAUUAGUUAUCGACAAUGGAUUGGGGAUGUGUAAAGCUGGAUUUGCCGGAGACGAUGCCCCCAGGGCUGUGUUUCCCUGCAUUGUGGGACGCCCCAAGGAUCAGGAUGUUGUGGCUGGCAUGGGACAGAAGGACACCUAUGUAGGACAUGAGGCCCAGAGCAAGAGAGGUAUUCUUUCUAUUACAUAUCCGAUGGAACACGGUAUCGUCACAAACUGGGACGACAUGGAGAAGAUCUGGCAUUACACUUUCUACACUGAACUUCGUGUUGCCCCAGAGGAACACCCCGUCCUUUUAACUGAAGCCCCAUUCAACCCAAAGGCUAAUAGAGAAAAGAUGACACAGAUUAUGUUCGAAACCUUUAAUACCCCAGCCAUGUACGUUGCUACCCAGGCUGUACUGUCUUUACAUGCUUCCGGUCUUAAAACUGGAAUCGUACUCGACGCUGGAGAGGGUGUCUCCUAUGCAGUACCCAUUUAUGAAGGUAACGCCGUUCCCAAAGCCAUUUUGAGAGUGGAUGUUGCUGGUAAGGAUCUAACCGAUUAUCUCAUGAAAAUUCUCACAGAACGUGGUUACUCUUUCACAACCACAGCCGAAAGAGAAAUCGUUAGAGAUAUUAAAGAGAAGUUGUGCUAUGUUGCUCUGGACUUUGAACGGGAAAUGGCAACAACUGUGUCAUCAUCAUCUCUGGAAAAGAGUUACGAACUACCUGAUGGUAAGGUCAUCACGAUUGGAAAUGAGCGAUUUAGGUGUCCAGAAGCCAUGUUCCAACCCUCCUUCCUUGGAAUGGAAUCUCCUGGUAUACAUCAAACAACAUUCAACAGCAUCAUGAAAUGCGAUGAUUAUAUCCGUAAGGACUUGUUCGCUAAUACAGUUUUGUCUGGUGGUUCAACCAUGUUUCCAGGUAUUGCUGACCGGAUGCAAAAAGAAAUUUUUUCUUUGGCUCCGCCCUCAAUGAAGGUCAAGAUAAUCGCUCCAGCAGGGAGGAAUUACUCCGUCUGGUAUGGUGGUUCUAUUCUAGCUUCACAUUCCACCUUCAAACAAAGGUGGAUCAGCAAGAAGGAAUAUGACGAAUCCGGUCCCUCCAUUGUGCAUAGAAAGUGCUUCUAGUAGCUAUUCACAAGUGAUGCUCAAUUCAAAAUAUAUUCAUUCUAUAUAUAUAACUCUUUUACUUCCAUGAUAUGACUGAAAAAUUGAUAGAUUUUUAUUAACACUAUAUUCUUUCUGAUUCUUCAUAGACGAAAAUUUGGACAACUACAAUAUUUUACACAAUAAACAUGCUAUACCACAAGAUAAAACUAUUUUAUAUAAGGCAAAAGAAAUGUAAUUCGGUUGAAAUAUCUUAAUAAGGCAUUUUAGAGAUGAUAUAGAAAUAUGUGGCCAUUGAUAUGGAAAUACGAGGGGUGAUCAAAAAGUUUGCAAACUAUCUUUAUAUCUACAAAACACUAUUCAGAUUAAAAUGCAAUUUGGUACACUCAUAGCCAUACACAAGAUCUAUAAAUAGCAAAUGUUGAAUAAAGUCUUUUUACUUGUUUGUGACGUCACAAUGUGAAAAUGACGUCACUAUGUCGGUCACUUGUGACGAAAAAUGGUUUUCUCAAUUGAACUAGUUCAACAAACGACUAUACAAUUUAGAAAUCCCUCUGCUGUAUCAUAUAAUAAUUUGUACACAGUUUAUUGCGAUAAAUGAGCUCCUAUGAAUCCAAUUAAUGAUUGCAAUUAUUGCUUUAGUGAAGGAAGGCAGAUGGUUAAAAAAUGAUACUUGUCUUCUUGCCCUGUGAGAGCGCGCUUGAAAAGAAAUGUGUUUUUAUUAAGCAAUUUGCUAUCAAAGAUCUCCAAAUUACACUUUGGAGAAUAGUUGAAUAUUUGAACAAUAAUAUAAUUAUUAAAUACAUAAGAUAUUGUUUACUUUAGAUUUUAAACAUACUAGUUAUGAUAAAAAAGAUGCACCCAUUCUCUAUCCACCUUUGAAGAAAGGCCUCUUCCGAGACAGAAAAUUUGUGUUUUAAUGGUCGCCAUGCUUAUUUUUGAAAAGGAUUGUCUUAUCCAAACAUUCUGUUGCCGAGAUUUGACCAUUUCUGGCAUGAACUGUUCUUAUCAUAAAAAUUAACUUACAUGGAAAGAAAUAUAAAACUCAGAAAAAUCUUUCAACUUUUGUGACAGAACGCUACGGAGGGGGUCACGUGACCGCCAAUAUCACGUGAUUCGCACAUGCGCAAAAAUAUACUCAUCAUUGAAACCAAAUAUUUUUUUUUCUUUUAUGGAAGAUAUUCAACUACUUCGCGAACUUUUUUAUCACCCCUCGUAUGUGGAUAUUUUGUAUUUCUUUCUGCAAGAUUUGGCUAAAAGCAAACAAGUGUCCCAGCAUAUUAAAUUUAAUGUAAAACAA